AUGAUCGCCGGCAAGGAAGUCGUCGAUAUUCUCAGCACAAUCGUCCCGAUGUACUUCCCGCUAACAAUCGCCUACAUUACUGUACGGUGGUUCAACCUCUUCACCGCCGAGCAAUCCGCCGGAAUCAGCCGCUUCGUCAGAAUCCUAGCCAUUCCAUUCCUCUCCUUCAAAGUAAUCUCCUCCAACAACCUCCUCGCCAUUAAUCUCAAACUUUUCGCCGCUGAUUCGCUUCAGAAGCUCAUUUCUCUCGCCGCUCUGUUUCUCUGGAAAUUGCUCUGUAGAAACGCCUCUCUAGAUUGGAUGAUUACUCUGUUUUCUCUAUCCUCUCUUCCGAAUACGCUCAUCAUUGGCCUUCCGAUGACAACAGCGAUGUACGGCCAAGAAUCGGUUAGUUUCAUGAUUCAGACUCUGGUUUUUCAGAACGCGAUUUGGAUCAAUAUGUUGAUUGUUCUGUUCGAGUAUAGAGCUGCGAGGCUGAUUGUCGAGGCCGCGGCGGAGGAUCGGAGACGUGGUGGCGGAGAGUGUGGUUUCGUGGAUUUGAGUGGAUUGACGCAGGUUUUUCCGGACAAAACAGAGGUGAGUGUUGUGUGUGUUGAUGGCGAUGGUGAAAUUGGUUCUGAUGGUAUUGGUAAUGGAGGCUUACCGGCGAAAGAGAUACGUCCGGCCGACGGCGGUGGUGGUUCUAGACAUUUAGGCCGGAUUAUGGAGGUUGAGAAGGAAUAUGAUCUCCAAUCGGACGAUACUUCUCCUUCCAAAGGAACAAGAAGUGAAAUGACAAAACUUGUAGUUUACAUGGUGUGGAAGAAGAUUAGAAGAAAUCCCAUUACUUAUUCAAGUUUAGUUGGCAUCAUUUGGUCUCUCAUAUCAUUCAAGUAUGACAUAAAAAUGCCGACAUUGUUGCAAAGAUGUGUAUUAAUGUUAUCAGACACAGGCCAAGCUCUCUCCAUGUUCAGCUUAGGCAUUUUCAUGGCAGCACAACCAAACAUCAUCUCUUGUUCGAUGUCGGAGGCUGCCUCCGCCAUGCUCGUUCGAUUCCUCCUUAGUCCCAUACUCAUAGCUGCCAUUACCAAACUCGUCAAUCUUCAUGGAAUUGCAUUGCAUACCGCUAUUAUUCAGGCUGCUUUUCCUCAAGGAGUUGUUUCAUUCGUGUUGGCUAAGGAAUACAAUGUUCAUCCAAACGUACUCAGUACUUCGGUGGUUGUUGGAAUGUUGAUUGCCUUCCCAAUAAUUCUGAGUUAUUAUCUGCUUCUUGGGGCCAUUUUUAAAUAA